CUCGAAAUAGGAAGCAGAGUUAGUUCCGUUAUGUUCACGGAAAAGGAGAAUGCGGAAAAGCCCUCAUAAGUGUAACGUUAACGUUAGCUACUUCCGCCUUUAGCCGCCUCUCAUCACACAGAGAAAUGACGGCAACCCUGCGCCCAUAUCUCAAUGCAGUUCGUGCGACCCUGCAGGCCGCCCUCUGCCUGGAGAAUUUCUCCUCGCAAGUGGUGGAGAGACACAACAAGCCAGAGGUGGAAGUACGGAGUAGUAAAGAGUUGCUUCUUCAGCCUGUGAUCAUCAGCCGUAACGACAAGGAGAAAGUUCUGAUUGAGGGCUCCAUCAACUCUGUCCGAGUCAGCAUCGCUGUCAAGCAGGCAGAUGAGAUUGAGAAGAUUCUGUGCCAUAAGUUCAUGCGUUUCAUGAUGAUGAGAGCAGAGAACUUCUUCAUCCUGAGGAGGAAACCAGUGGAGGGCUAUGACAUCAGUUUUCUCAUCACCAACUUUCACACAGAGCAGAUGUACAAACAUAAACUGGUGGACUAUGUCAUUCAUUUCAUGGAGGAAAUUGACAAGGAGAUCAGUGAAAUGAAGCUGUCGGUCAACGCCAGGGCUCGUAUUGUUGCAGAGGAGUUCCUCAAAAAUUUCUGAAAGAGAGGAAAACCUGGAAAUACAUUCCUUUCACCAAUCUUGGCCGUCACUGUGGAGCUUUCACAUCACAGAGCUGAGAGGAGACAAAAUCUGAUUAGCCAAGACAAGUUGAGAAACAUAAGACGUACAAUAAAGAUGUACAGGCCAAUGGA